AUGGCGUCUCAACACGUCAAUGGAAAUUCUGCCAUGGCGGGCCUCGGAGUCGCUAAUGGACAUGCGGGCGACAUGUCGGUCCUGCCCAAAAUCCACGAAGCUCUCGAGCUCAUUCACAACCCACGAGCCUCAAACCAGGACCGCCAAGAAGCCCAGCAGUUCCUGGAGCACGUCAAGAACCUCGACGAAGCCCCCUCGCAUGGCUACACGCUCGCCUCCGACAAGACCCAGUCCCCCGUCGUACGCCACUACGCUCUGUCGUUGCUCGAAAAUGCUAUCAAACACAGAUGGAACAAAUAUCCCGAAGAACACCAGGCUGCCCUCCGCCAGUGGGUGCUGGAGCUUGCCUCGAGCGUCUCUAGAGAAGAUCCCGGAUAUCUGCGCAACAAGAUUGCUCAACUUUGGGUUGAGGUGGCCAAGCGCGCCUGGGUCGAGCCCUGGAUGGAUAUGGACGCCCUUCUGGUGCAGCUCUGGAUGGUUCCCGACUCGGCGGUACACAAAGAGCUAGUGCUACUGAUCCUUGAGACGCUGUCUGACGAAAUCUUCAACUCCGACGACCCAGCCGUCACCGCGCGUGAGGGACUUCUUAGUAGGGCUUCCGUUGAGAUCUUCACACCUGCGGCUGUUCUACUGGAGACCUUUCCCAACCGAGAGGCAGGCCCAGAGGUCAGAUAUGGUGAUGAAGGAUGGCUGGGCAGGAUCACUCAAUUUUUGAGUCAGUGCCUGUCGGGUGAUCUGCAGAAUAACGAUGAGCUUCGAACCUGCGCCGUCAGAGCAUUUGCUGUCUUGUUCUCACUGAUGCCAUGGGUGAUCCCAAACGCCGCAACUGCUACUGGUUGCGUGCCCACCAUGUGCCAGGGCUUGCGGGCCUCCCAUAUAGCUGUGCAAAAGGGUGCGCUGCAAGCCAUGCACGCUCUCUACUCACGCACCAGCCUAGUGGACCAAGAGUUCCUCGACUUAGUGGUGCCAUUAUAUAAUAGUCAAUGUGUUGAGCUGUUUGGGCAACUUUUCCAGUGGUCAACUGUGGAUGCUGAAGAUAUAGAUGACGACAAGUAUCAAUUUGGCAAAAGGCUCUCAGAGCUUGUCUCCUUCCUGGGCAACUACCUCGACCGUCGAUUCGCAGUACUGCCCAAAGAGCCAGAACGGGUGGAUUUUCAAGGCUUUUUGCGGUUACUCCUAAUGGUUGCACAGAGCCAGAGUUUGAUAGUAUCCAUCCCUGUGCUAGUUACCUGGACGCGACUGCUGGGCCAUAAAUCGUUGGGGCAGAGCAUUGCGGAAUUACCAGAUUUCAUCGGUCCGCUGCUAGAGCUUUGUGCCUCGAGGCUGGUCAGAUACGAGAGCCUACCAGAAGACACCCAGGAUCCAACUUUUCUUUUCCUGAUGGAGGAUACUGACACGGUACCGGAGCGACAUGCGUUCCUCGGAAAUUACAGGCGUUAUGCCUCAACAAUCAUUGAGCUUAUAGUGCAGCUCAAACUGGCCGAUGCAGUCUCACAUGUUCUUAGACAGACGGAAAAUGUGCUGCAGAAUCCCUACGAUGGACAAACCGCUUUCGAUCCGUCCAAAUAUGAAAAGAACUCGCCUUCAGUCUUACGAGUAGAUGCGCAGGCUACGGUAAUAGAAGCUUCGCUCAGGGGCUGUUUGAAGUGGCGUGGAAGGACGGAUGUCAAGCCUGAAGACAUCGGCGCCCUCGAGGAUAUGCUCGAGGAUUGGGCUAGCCGUGUUUUGUCCAUGUCAUUCCAGGAUCCGAUAAUACGGAAGCGUGUACUCCAACUCCUGGUCGUCUUUUCCACUACAGCCCUUGAUAGAAAACCACGCUUUAUGCUUAAGGUGUUGGAGCAUAUUCUCAUGACGUGGCCCGCACCACAGCCCGAGUACCGACAGUACAAUGAAGCCAUCAAAGACUUGCAGACAGAGAGCAUGCUCGAAUUGCAAAGACUCGCCGCAAAAAUGCCAGAUCAUCUUUUGGAUGUCUAUGACCAAAUCGCUGCCAAGGUCAAUGACAUGAUUGCCUCAGGCACCAUGGACGAGAAGCGCCAGAUCACAUAUCAGACUUUUCUAUUUACAAUCAUUCACCGAUGCAGCCGACUUGAUCGGGAUACGAAGAUACAAAAGCUCCAAGAGUUUGUGCAGCCCAUCAAGUCACAAUGGCGCAACGAGAAGCUCAAGUCGGCUUUGGCAUCGUAUAGUGGAUUCUGCGAGAUGAUGGCUUUGGACAAGGCUCAGGAAUAUCUGGCUAGAAGGCGAGUCCAUGAAGUCGCCGACUGGGGCUCAAUGGCAUUGGACGAUGAGGGCAAGGCUUUGCAGGCGGAAAUGGAAGAGCGACAAGCGGCAGGUCACCAUAUCCACUGA